UCCGGAUUAUUCGUGAAAGUGAAUCGUCUAUAAUGGACUACCAACAUGUUCUGGUCUAUUUCAUGUGGACUUUCACUGCAGUUUCUGCACAGGAUGUGAAAUAUUUCCUGACGGGUCAGGACAUACACUUCAUGCCAUCCAUCUCUGAACAACCCAUUGCAUCUAUCUGGCUACAUAAUGAAAAUGAUGUGGUAUGGUUUACUGGCACGGUGGACAUUGUGAAUUCUUCAUACAAGAACAGAAUCACUCUGGACCGGGUCUCUGCAGAACUCACCAUAAAAAACGCCACAUAUGAAGACAGUGGAGACUAUUACCUUGGAAUGAACAUAAACAACGAGCCUCGUACUUUGCUGUAUAGAAUUGAAGUUAUAGACAAAGUAUCCAAACCCAACAUAUCCUGUGAGAUGAGCGACACAAAGCAGGCGACACUUGUGUGCUCAACAGAGUCCAAACAUCCUCAUUUAUUAAAGUUGAAGUGGAGCUCACCAGGAAAGGAGCAGACUGGACCAAAUUUAACAAUAACUGUCAGGAAUGAAGAUGAUGAUCAAGUUUAUCGUUGUGAUGUCAGCAACCCUCUGACCAAUGAAACGGCUUCAUUCACCGCUAAGGACUGCUUCCUGGGUAAAAGAUCAGAUGUUCAUCUGAUUAUCAUAUUAGUCUGUAUCUUCAUUCUGGUCAUCUUGUGUUGUGUUUUAUACAUAACACCUCAAUAUCUAAAAGUGUCCAAAGAGCGUGAUGAAAAGACAUCCUUCUUAGACCAAGUACUCACUCUUCCCUCCAACUCAGGACUGAACGUGUUGACUGAGGAUGAGAAGAUGGAUUCAGAAGGAGCCAUGCUACUCACUGCUUCUGUUCCUGCACUUCAUUCCUCUUCAACACACUUAAACACUAUCACUGAACUUUCAGAUACCAGCAAUGAUCAGCAAGAUCAACUUCUGAAAAAUUCGGAGGAAAUGCAUGACUGCAGUGGAGUGACAGUCAGUCGUUGCAACACUUGGCCAGGAACCAGUUCUACAUAUAAAAAAUAAGGAAUACUUCAGGGAGAAAACAAAGACAUUUACUUAAAUAUAAAGAACUAACAUUUAGAAAAAUGAGUGAAGGAAGCCAUCUAUGUUAAAAGGCCUUUUUGAAACAAAAAUGGAGGUUGUAGCAACAUCCAUUCAUCCAUUCUCUACCGCUUAUUCCCUUUGGGGUCGCUGGCGCCUAUCUGACAAAUUCACCAACAACUGGAUAAUUUUUUUUUCCCCCCAAGAUGUCGCCGCUGUAGUGGCUGCUGGUGGCAGGAGCUCUGUGCUCUUGUGUCAUCAUUCUGUGUUCCUGGUGUUUCCUUCUUGUUUUCAUGUCGGUUUUGUUUUUACUUUUGGUUCGGGACCCUUUGGGACUGUCUGACAAGGGGUGCCACUUUUGAGACUCCUGCAGGGCUUUUUUGUGGACUUCUGGAUCUGCCCCCCCGGGAGCCUUUUGGCCGUGGAGACCAGCUGCUGGGUCUCUGCCACACCAGAGUCCGUUUGGAGAGACUGGAGGAGACGUGGAUGAAGAGACAGAGCUGCGGAGCUGGUGCUGAGCGCCGGGACGGACGGGCUUCACAGUGUCUUGGCUGAAUGAGCAGGUAUCGGACACCUCGGUCUCCUUGGACGCAUCCUCACUCAUCCAUGCAGACUGGACACUGGCCGAGAGUUAGUGAGCGGCCGAGUGGCUCUCUUGGUUGCUUUGUUGGGUCUGCUCCUAUCUCUGGCCAUGCUCCCCCCCACCCCAGCAGACGAUGGCGUGGAAUACUGCAGAGGGCACCACAGUGUAUAUGUUUUUUUUUUUUUAUAUUCAUUUUUUGUAGCUGUAUAUAGAAAUGGCUGGUUGCAUCAGCUUUGUUCUUUUAAUGUCCUUUGCUCUUUGAUGUUUCCCUCUUACACACACGCUUAUGUGUGAUUUAGCUAUGAGUUUUUUCCAUUGUCCUUAGUCUGGACCCCCUCUCCAGGGGCCCAGGCUUAAACUGAAUAGUCUACCUGGACGUUGGAGUCUGCAAUAAAGCUUGAUUGAUUAGUUUUCAAAUAAAUAGAUAUGAAACUGUACAUAUAUGAUGUAAAUACUGUACAUAUAUGAUGUAAAUAUUGCGUAUAUAUGUUAUAUUUUAUGUCGCUAUAUUUAGUCUAUUUAUACCUGCAUUGUCCUUUCCAUCCUUACACUUUCCAUCAUUGUAACUGAGCUACUGUGUGGAACAAUUCCCCUUGUGGAUCAUUAAAGUUUGUCUAAGUCUACGAUCAAAAAAGUA